GUAACUUGGCACAAGCAAGAGCCAGAGUGACAGCAGCAUCUAGGUCUUUGCCUCCACAGCUUAGCGCUGGGCGUAUCAAGGUUGACACAAUGGAAGUUAUGCGACACCCUGAGGAAACAACUAACAUGAAGCGGCAAACUAUGGCUUCCUAUUUUAGGUAUUCCCUCAUGGAUCUUUUAUCCAAAAUGGUUGUUGGACAGCCUCACUUUAUCCGCUGCAUUAAACCUAACGAUGAUCGAGAAGCGCUGAUGUUUUCUCAUGAGAGAGUUCUACUGCAGCUACGAUACACUGGAAUUCUGGAAACUGUCAAAAUACGUCAAAAAGGGUAUUCUCAUCGCAUCCUUUUUGAGGAGUUUGUGAAAAGAUAUUAUUACCUUGCAUUCAAGGCACAUGAGAUUCCCCUUGGUAGCAGAGAAAACUGUCUUGCCAUUUUGGAGAAAUCUAAACUAGACAACUGGAUUCUUGGGAAAACCAAGGUUUUUCUAAAAUAUUACCAUAUAGAACAGUUAAAUUUGUUCCUGCGAGAAGUUAUAGGGAGGGUAGUGGUCAUGCAAGCCUAUAUCAAGGGAUGGCUUGGAGCAAGAAGGUACAAGAAAGUCAAAGAGAAAAGAGAAAGUAGUGCUAUUACCAUACAAUCAGCCUGGAGAGGAUAUGAAGCUCGCAGGAAAUACAAGGAAAUAAGGAACAGAAGAACUGAGGCCGCUAUACGUAUUCAAGCAGGUUCAGAAAACUGUCUUGAACAGAAGCUGAGAACACCUCGUCGACGAUGUCAGCAGCCCAAAAUGCUGAAUAGCCCUGAGGACAACAUGUACUAUAACCAGUUAAACGGAACUCUAGAAUAUCAAGGGAGCAAGAGGAAGCCAAGAAAACUUGGCCAAAUCAAAGUGCUGGACGGAGAGGAUGAGUAUUACAAAUCGUUGUCAGCUGUUGAGUCUGUCCCUGAAGAUGACAGCUUUCCUGGUUCCCCAUCUCCUCCUUCUUCAAGAGGUGUGUCUUUUGCUGAAAGUUGAACUUAACUUAUUUAUUGGCUAAUACUGGUAAGAAUAUUUUCGUGCUGGCAAUCUCUUCCAAUUAACUUUAUGCCUGUGUGUUUAUAUAAUAUAUUAAAAUAAAGUUUCAGCUGGUAACUUUCUUUAAUCAUUUUAGACCUGGGUUUGCAGCUGUAAAUUGUUGCAUUUAGCUGUAUUUCUAUAAGCAGUUCCGGUAAAGGGGAACAGCACUACCUGUAUGUGUGAUGUUGGUAACGGACACUUUUCUUUAGCAGCAAGGUUAGUUCAUACAGUUCCGACCCCUUCUUCCCUGCUCGCCCCUGGCUGCUGUUCCCACCCUGUGCCAUCCCUUCUGUUGUGCUGGCACAACUGCUAGCAGAGCUGUGUGAAAAAUAAAAUCAAGGAACUGAACUGGAUUAAAAGAACUCUGUACUUAAAAUUUUCGUUUGGGGUCGUAGUGAGAAUGUUUUGUAUUUCAUUAGACUGGUAUUAUUCUUUAUAACUUUCUGUG